AUGACUACCAACGAUGUCUGGAAAAACUUGGUCAAGGCCCUGCGCGCCCUGGAUCCGUUUGACUUUGGCGCCUGGGCAGAUCGAUUGCAUAACAAGCUCAAAUGGGAAUAUAACAACCGUGGGCUCUUCAAGUACAUCGAAUCGGCACCUACGGACCCUGAUGAUCAUGAAACCGACCUUGACGGGGUCUCUGCCUUGAAUGAAUUGGAGAGACUGAGCGUGUCUGUCGUAGCUGACUGUGUUUCCCGGGUCGACGAUGACAAGGACUUCUAUCACUAUAAGGCUUACAUAACGGAGGAGAAUGCUGUAUCCCGCUUUCUCGAGGUUAUUACAAACCUCAUGCCUUUUUGUCUGGGAGAGCAUGUUGACAGACAUCUAGACAGCCAGGGUCUCCCUAAUAUAAACGCCAUGAAACAGAUGGAAGGGUUCCAGGACGUUGUGAUGGGAAACCUAACGAAUGAGGAGUUCAUCAGGGCAGAAAUCCAGUUCGAUGAGUCAAACGAAAGCCAUCUCUUCAGCAUCGCGAUGAUUCUGUUGGCGGAUUACCUCCAGUAUAAGCCCGGCGCCCUACCUGGAUUUGGUCCGGCCGUUGAGGAGCGCAACAGCUAUAAGAUUCUGCAGGCCUGGUCUCGGGUACACUGGGAGUCGGCAGCCAAAAAUAACCCGGACAAGAUGGACCAGCUGCUUACUUUUUGCGGUAACAUCUCGAACAUCUGUUUCUGCCCAGAGACUGUCACUGGUUUUGCUCAGCCUAUGCCGACAUUCGAUCUAACGAAUGGGCUGUACAAGCUGAUCGUCAAUUCAUCACGCGCAAGGGGCGCCACUGCGGAUCUUUCAUACAUUGAGGAUGUGGAGACCAGCUUAGCCCGGCUCGACGCGAGGCAAGAUGUGGUCAAUGAAUGGAAAACAUAUUGUGAGACGUUGGAGGCGAAUUUCCGCACACGGCAUAUUCCCAAGUGGCAAGCCGGUGUGGAUGCUGCCUUCACGGCGACGGACUGGCACGGGAUGCCGCCCGACCACCGUCUAUUGACUGAGAUGGGUUCUUACUGUCUUGCCGACUCCCAGAUUGAGCAAGUCGACAGUCAAAUGUGCCCUGUAAAUGCCGUCAAACCGGGGAUGCAGUUGCUGGGUCUGGCGGAUCCAUCCGAGAGGAUCGAGACAAAAUAUGGUAGUGGUUCUCGCCGGAUGAAGACGCGGUUGAUUGGAUUCAAUGGAGAAAGCCCCUUUACUACACCUGGCCAGGUGUUCUGUACCACCACGGGUCUGCGUGCAGUUGAUCCCAAAGCCGCAAAGGAACAUAAUCCCUUUGUCCGAGUUGGGCAGCUCUCCGUCGGACAUGUCUUGUACAAACUGGACGACCGUUCUAAGUAUAGUCUUUUUGAGAUCAAGUCGAUCGAACAGACAGAGCUCCAGCUGCAAAAUCUAUAUUAUGUAUCUCUCGAGGGCGAGAACCGGUCGUACCACGCAAACGGAUACUUGGUCUGCACAAACAGCUCUGCAUCUACACUAAAAGCGGCGGCGGACCAGCUACAGAAGGUACCAGAAGGGGAACUGUUUGCUCAUCUGGCCAAAUAUCCCGAAUUGGUCCCAUUGUUUCGGAAGUAUGACCGUGCCACUAUCCGCGAGAGGCUCAAGAACGAGCUUACAGCAGAGUCGCAUGCUUCGGGCCACAAGCCUAUUUACCAAAAGAUGCUUAACGGCCUUCCCAUGGAGAGGCUUCAAGGGCGUUUCCAUCUCAUUGCCCAUAGGCAAGCGCAAUUACCAGAUGGGUACCAGCUUCCGGAGCUCAGUAUCCUCGACGGAUGCAUUUCUGCUGACGGUGGGGUCCAACCGAGAACGACAUUCGAUUCUCGCCGGCGUACGUUCCGCUGGACGCGAAAAUUGGCGCAGCCGGGGCAGAUGUUCGAGCAUGGUCUCGUGCAGAUCCUUGAAGACGGGCAUGGCGGACCCGGGGUGGUCUUUCUAUCCCCAGAAGCGGACCCGACUGAGGUAGUGAAGGACUCGAUUCAUACAUUCCGCGCUCAUGCCACUGGCUCUGCUACCAAGAAGUUGACGGGGCUGGCGGAGCAAACUCCUGGAUUUCACAAACAGAGUACCUUUACGACAACCUUUGACCAAGGUCCAUGGCCGGCUGAUGAUGAUUCCACCGAUCUCGUGAAUCCAAUGACCGGACUCGAAAUUGAUUACGGGGUGUACAUUACCGAAGAAGGAUACCAGGUGGCCACCGUUCGUGUGCCCCUGCUCGACGAGCUACAACAGAAGUUGAAUGAAAAGUUUAACAAGCAGCUCGAUCCGCUAUAUCGCGCCACUUGCAUUGUGACCAAAGACGGAUUGACCCGGGCUACAGUGCAGUUCCAUCACUCCCAGCUCGUUCCGUUUAUCUCAAGCGCCGGGUUGGAUGUCCAGAAUGUGUUUAAUGUGAGUUUUGCGUCGGAGGUGGGACUGAGCAGCACCCUGCCGAUCCUUUUCCAAGAGCUCUAUGUCGAUCUGGACUUUAUGCUGUUUGAGACGACCGGUGCUCUACAUCGAAUCACCGGCGACUCGAGCUUUGAAAAGAAAUUCUUCAACGACCUGCGAGCCCAAGUAUCGCAUAGUCUGGCGCCAUACUCCAAGCCCGGCGUGUCCGAUUCAUCGAUCAGCCCAGAGCGGCAGCCAGCAGCCAUCACGGAGCGAUUGGAAGAUCCGUGUGAAGAUCUGACCGCACUACCACGACAGGUUCACAAUGCCUCCCAAGCGAUCAUCCACGACAUGAUGUUCUACCAUAUGAACGAUGACGAUCGCAAGAACUUCACCAGUGGGAGCAAGCCGAGCAACCUGCCGUCCGAGCUGGCCGAUGGCUUGUCGCAAGAGCUGAAGGAUUUCCUGCGCAACAAGUAUGCUCCAGCGUAUCUGUGCCGGUCCUUUGCCGCCAACGAGCACUAUGAAGGCAAGUUUACGCUCAAGGAGCGCAAAAAGCUCUGGUACUGGUGGGAGGGCAACGGCAACAAGUGUCUGUCACAAUCGAAGGAAUACAAUGAUCUCAAUAACCUGGCGUCAAUCCAGGCGAUGAAGCAGCUGCAUGGGCCUGUCCUCAAUCAGUUCCUCGCGGAUGGACCAGAAGCCUGGGCAGAGAAGAUGCUUAGUGCGCUUCAGACAGAACCGAUCAUGGAUUACUAUAUGGCAAAUCCCAUUCAAAAGGUACGUAUGAGCUACCCAAUAUCGGAAUAUCAGCUGAUCUCUGAUUCCGUAUCACAGAAGCAGAAUAGGAUUAACAAGCAAUGCUGCAUCAUGAACACCCUCUCUCCGCUGGCAAAGACGGCAGAUCAGUGGUCCGGGAACAUAAUGAUCUAUGCUCACAAGAUUGGCCUGGAAUAUCCUUGCAUUAAGGAGGACAAUCAGACCGCUGAAAGGUGGCUCCGGGAGUCGUUGACCACAUUGAUAGUGGGUGCCAUCAACAAUGACAGCGAUAUCCCCAACGGCGUACGAGGCGCAUUACUUGGGGAUGUCGAAGAAUUUGAAGCUGCCAACGGCCUCGACAGCAGCAGUUCGGGUGAACAACGAGCCGCGGCGAUAAUUGAGAAACAGUCGGCUGCCAUUGACGAAGCCAAAACCUGGAUCACGGCGGUGGACAAGGAUGUCGAGUCAGCCUGGAUUGGAACGCGACUAUACCAGUGGCUUGGAAAGGCUUGGGAAUCAAUCUAUGGCAAAGUCAGCAGCACAAUCGAAGGAUCAAUGGUCCUCAAAGGGCUCUACACUUCCGCUUUGGGCUCAUUGUUUAUCGGUUAUGGAAUCUACAAGAUCGCUGGGUUGAUUCAGGAUUGGGACGCACUGGAUGACGCGAAACGAGCACAGGUCAUACUGGAGUCACUAAAGUCCGUCAAUAGUGGCGUGGAGAGCGUCCUUGAAUCGUGGAAAGUGUGGAAAGGGAGAAUGCAGACGGUGGAGCUUGACCAAAUCGAAGUGGCCGCCAUCGACCAAGGGGUCUACCGUGCCCUGGAUGAGAACGGCGAUUCCAUUCUUUCCAUGGCCGACGAUGUCAAUGGCACGAGGGGCUGGCGCCAGUCAGUUGCGGAGCAUAUCAGCGGCGACGGUGUCCCGACGAACGUCGAAGGCGAGAAAUGGAGCCAAGGUCUCGAUGAUCCGCUGGAUGAUGUGCCACCAGGCGGAGCAAAGACGGUCGAGGAGUUCAGCCUUACGACCAAGGUCCUCAAAGGGCUGAAUGCCAUUCUUGGACUGGGCGUGGCUGUGGCCAUGACCUUCAGUCUGAUCCGGGAUUGGGACAGUCUGGACACCAAGAACAAGAUCAUCAACACCUUGGUUCUGGUUACCCAGGUGCUGACCGUCAUCCUGGAUGUUGUGAACCUGGGUCAGAUGGUGGGUCUUUGGACGGUGACAGGCGCUCUUGGUACUGCUUUGCCCAUUAUCGGAGCUGUGCUGGUGGCCAUUGGCGUCAUCCUAUCCCUUAUUAGCUUCCUGGUCAAUCUGUUCUCUCCUCCGAGCCCUCCGCCACCUGAUCCAGUGGAGGACUACAUCCAAGAUCACGGCAAACCGCUUAUCUCCAACUUCACCGAUGCCCCAGAUGCGAAGCUCGUCUACACCAUCUCGACGGACGAGGUCAACACCGGAAGUACGAUGACCAUCGCCAUCACAGCAACCAACGAAACCAGCAGCGAGGUAUCCCUUGUAGAUACGCGUGUGACCCUGCUCAGCGGAGGUAGCGACGACUGUCUGUUCGAGGAUCCAAAUCCCAUGACACUUGUGUCCGCUGAUGACCCUGGCCGUGAUACCAGUGGACAUGUCUAUGUGGCCCCAGCGGACGAGGGAGACGGCACGCUUCCGCCCCCAACAGAGCUCGGUUCCGAGAAUCAAUAUUUCGAGUACGGGUUGAAGGUUGCAGGGCGGAAAGAUGACACGGAGAAUGUGCUGCAGAAAUUGGUUCUACAAGCGGGGACGAGUGUGAAAACGAUGUGGACGGCGAAAGUGAGCAGCAAGACUGGAAGAAGCAAUGUGGAUGUGGUGGAGAACUGGGGAGACGACAAGAGCCAUGUGCAGUUUCCCAUUCACCGGGUUUGA